CACACACCCCCCCUCCACGCUUGUUGGUGGUGGUCCAAGCCGUCCCGCAAGCCAGCGACUCCGAACAAGAGGGUGAGGGCUUGUUGACAGGGUCUGGUUGCUGGUACGUGCUUUCCCACCCUGCCCGCCUGCCUGCCUGCACGCAUUGUCGAUGUUGUUGCUGCUGCUGCUGCUGUUGCUGUGCUCAAUUUGCCUCUACUGGGAGUCCAUUAGUCGAACGGUGUGUGCCAGUGUAUCAGUGUGUGUGCUUUUCUUCCUCGACUAGUCCAUCAGUCACACAGUCGGACCCCCAUCCAUCCAUUCAUUCAUUCAUUCAUCCAUUCAUUCAUCCAUCCACCACCUGUAUGUUUUGCCUCUGCCGUCUCGUCUCGUCUCUUUUGCCCCUUUGCGUGUAGGCGCCUGCCUGUGAGAAGACAGUAGCGCCCCCGCCUGCCUGCUGCCCUCGUGCCUCCAAUCUCCCAACCCGAUCCAGAUCCAUCCCUCCCCUCCCAAAUAAAAAAAAAGGACGCUCGGACGAACCCUAUCGCCUGGUUAGCUUCCCAGGGCCCUAGUCCCCUAGAGCCUUGAAGUACUUGGUACCUCCCCCCCCAGCCGCGCAGACAGCCACGCGAACCAUCCCAAGUUUCCAACCCUGACGCCUUAGCCUGCUGUACAUAUACUCUCCGCCGCCUGAAAGGGGAGAUCGCCGUGCUCCCGCGCCCUACCACCACCAUCGACCUUUGUCAGACUUCCACCACUACCACCACCACCUCCACCGACAUCCACUCUCUCUUUCCUCUCUACUCUCCGCCGUCACAAACCUGCAACACCACCACCACCACAGCUUGCAGCCUCCUCCCGACUUGGCCCCUUCUGAUCCCUCGUCUGUGCCAAUAUCCCACUUUGGAAUCCAACGCCGCUCCCAGCACUCUGGGAAAGAGCAGAGCCGCCUGACCUACUUGGGCCAAUCCGGGGUCACCGUCCAACAGCUUCACCACCACCGUCUCGAAUCCUGUUGUCCAAAAACUGUUAUCCACACAGUUUGUGCUACCGCCCGAGUCGUACUGCCUUUGCGCGACCGGGAUAUCGGGCUCUGCCUGUGUGGGAAACCCGGUUUCACGACCAUCAUUUCUGGUUGCUUCUGUACGCUCUCUCUUUCGGCUCGAGGCGAGCUACACCACUAAUCUCUGGCAGCUCUGAGACUUUCUAGAAGCUUUACGGAGAAGCGUGCAUUUUCCUUGUAGCACCCUCCCUAAGAGUCCGCGCAGGUAUCAUCGUCAGAACCGUCCUCCCCUCCAUCAUCCUUUGCAAGCUCGGGCUACCAGCCAGGCACCGUUCCGAGGCACCACCAUAGACGUAGCUGGGAGUACGACUGCAGAAUACCUAGGCCGUCCGGGGACCUUGUGUCAGCAACGCGCCCUUUUACAAGAUCCCUCUUCCUCCACCGCCUGUAACUCAUCAGCACUUUCUUGUCCCUCUCGGAACUUGAUCCAUUACCGUUUCUACCAAGCCUCGCGGGCUACGAGCCAUUGAUUGCCCUCCGUGGAUCCGUCCCAAGCUUCACGUGGACUCGAUUGGCCCACCGCCUACUUCUCGAAUCCGCAGUUUGGAGCGUCACAGCUGCAGUCUUUUCCAUCCCCCCCUUCGUCAGAAGCUGGUAGGUCAUUAGGACCUAUCCGAAGCACAACCGCCAACGUGGCUGCAGCAGUGGCUCACCCGGCUUCAAUGCAUCCUGGGCCAGACCCAUUGGGUGCACCUCCCAGCUUUGCGACUAGGAGGCCUCACGCCGCCCAGUUGGGCAAUUUCGAGCUGCCGCCUCCUCCCAUGCACAAGUACUCUUCUUUCAACAACGCAAACGCUUCACAAUCAACACAUACUCCGGCAACCAUUGCAAGUGUCGGAAACCUCUUGACCCCUCCAAACAAUAUCCCAGGUGAUGUGUUGGGCUCUUCGUCGGGAGUAUCGACUAGUGGUGCACAUUCGACAACAAUGCCAUAUUCAAACGGCAACUACAUAUAUUCGCCGCCUUCCCAGCAAAAUUCGGGUCACUAUGCGUAUUCCGCUCAACAGCAGCAGCAACAGCAACAGCAUCAACAUCAGCAAAAUCAAUAUCACUCGGCCCGAGUAGGGCUGAAUCCGCCACCUUACGAGAUGAACCAACAACUUCCGCCAUUCACGCCAUCAUCGGCGUCAUCAACGAUGUCCACAAUGUCUGCACAACAGCAGCCUCACCAUAUGAUGAGCGCCCAGACUCCUGUAUCUAGUUCAGCGCCUCAACAAUCACCAAUCCACCCCCAAGAUUCUUACCGGCCUGGUCCCCCACCCACACCGACCUACAGCAAUUACCAGCCAUCAACGACACCGCAGCAAGCAUCGUUUCCGUAUUCGACAGGUCCAUCUCCAACCCAACAUAGCCCCAUCAGCGCAGGAGGUUCCGUCCCAAGAAUGUCUCCAGCCGUAACCCAUGGCGCAAUACCCUCAAUACCCUCAAACCCGGGCCCAUCACCUCACCCCUAUCAACGUACGUACGGGAGUUACAUGCCUGGUCCGGGACCUGUUUACACCAACAUGAACAACCCAAACACUGGUCUUACUUUAGUCAACGGCAUGCAUCCGAACAUGCUACAAGGCUUCAAUAGCGGCCAUGCAGCCGCCUUUCCGCACAUGAUCGGUCAUCCCCCACAACAUCAACAAGCCGCCAACGACCGGCCGUUCAAGUGCGACCAAUGUCCGCAAAGCUUCAACCGGAAUCACGAUCUCAAACGCCAUAAGAGAAUCCACUUAGCUGUGAAGCCCUUCCCUUGCACACACUGUGACAAGAGUUUCUCAAGGAAGGACGCUCUCAAGCGACAUAUUCUAGUGAAAGGAUGCGGCAAAGUUCACAGUCACGCUGAUGACGGCAAACGAGAAAGCCACUCCCCGGACAUCAAAUCCGAAACCCACGACGCGAAAACCAUGUUAUCGAAUCGCACGUAA